AUGGCUAUAAGCAAGACCUUGAUUGAGCUGAAUGAUGCCACAGUUGCAUUCCUACAAUCAGGAGAAGACCUACCCAAGGCUCUCGAAUCGUCGAUACUUGCACUGAGCUACAAUCGAACAUUUCUUGAAGGGGAAACCGUGUCCAGUCAAAGCAAUUCAAGUUUGGAUGAAUGUAUGCUGCUCUCGGCUACUGGGAGCGAUCCUAGUACCGCUGUCAAGAGCGGGACUUUCAUCUACGACCACGCCGUCAUCAUUCCGACCACAAUUGAGAUUGACGCCACGAUCGUGACCGCUAUUCUCGUCUUCAAUGCCGCCCUUGCUAAUCAUGAGCUGGCAGAGAGCAACCGCUUGUAUCAUGGCACUCGUGUGCGUCUGCUGACGAGAGCGAAGCAUUUGUAUCAGCUCGCAUACAUAUCAUGUGAUUUGGAGCAGAAUCCGUUGUUUCAGUUUGCUCUCAUCAACAACAUUGCUGUGAUCGAACGAGAAAUUGGAAAUGUUUCUACUGCAAACGAAUGUUUCGCGUAUCUAUUCUCCCUUCUGAUUGUCUUUGUGGAUCAAGGAUAUGACUUGCGACUCCGGCUUGUCCAUGGGUUUGUUGCCAAUGUACCUUUCAGCAUCAAGAAUGCUGCCCCAGCUGCGUAA